AUGGCCGACCGACAUGUGUACAGCAAGAAGGAGCUGGAAGUGUACUUUGAUCGCAUCUGCCUUCCCGAGCCCGAGCGAAUCUACGAUGUGACAGGGAUGUCGAACGACGACAAGAUUGAUUUCUUACAGCUGCUGCAGAAGCAUCACGUUGUAAAAGUUCCAUAUUGUAUGGAAGUCGACUUCUUCUUCCACUUGAUCCUCCUCAGUCUAGGCUUCGAUGUAUACAUGUGCGGAUCCAGAAUCUACAAAUCCGCCAAGGGAGGCUUCGGAGGCUGGACACACGUUGUGAAUCUCGUGACGAUUGCUGGAACGAAAUGGUUAUGCGAUGCAAUGGACCUUCACGACCCGUGCCUCUUCUUCACGGAGAAAUCCAGACCCAAAUCGAGCCGGCGCAAUAUCGACUCCUCCACGAACCAAUCCGACAGAACGUCAACCGAACACAAAAGGAUAGUUAUCGAAAGCAUGAACUUCGAGCCAUGCCUGGACCGCCAGACAUUCUUCACUCACAAGGUUGCAGCCGUGAGGUUCACCACGGCGAAUGAGAAGAAUGGCACGAGGGGACCAGGAUCGCCACUCGAGGCCCACAUGACCGGUGAGAUUGAUGGGGCAAUCACACUGAACCACGAUGUGCUCAAAUGGCGAAGGAAUGGCAAGAAGGUGGUAGAAUUUCCGUUGAAGUCGGAAACAGACAGGCUGGAAGCGCUGUGCAUGUAUUUCGGCAUAACUUUCAGCGAUGAGGAUAUCGAAGCGAUCAAAGGCACGGCGGCAAUGAUAGGUUGUACAGCAAUGGACAAUCCUUGA